UAGAAAAAGAGGCGUUUUCCCCGAACGUCUCGGCUCUCUUUCCAAAAGGCUGCGUGUUAAAUCCCUUCCCUCUCGCCUGCUUCUGGAUUUUUAAGAGCUAACUACGUCAGUUAAAUAUUUUCCUUAUUUGUAAGACUUUUAACGGUUGGCCAGGACCUAUAGAUGCAGGCGACGAGAAGUCUCCUCUCCUAAAUGCAGUGUGUGUGUGUGGGGAAUCCACCUGAUGAACGUAUAUGGAAAAGGCGUCAAAACCUCUCCCAAGGUUUCCUCCUCCUCCUCCUCCUCCUUCCCGCCCUGCCUUGUGGCUUCACAAUCCCACACGGCUCAAGGAGAGCCUCGCCUCGCUGUCCUUGUCUUCCAUCCGUUUGCUUUCCUGCUCCUUCAGGUUUAAAUGCACAGAGAAAAACUGAAGCAAUUCUUUCUUUCUCUCAUCUCCGGAAGAUUUGUGCUAUUUACAUAGUGUACAACUGCUGAGGAAAAUGGAGACCAGUGAAGACACAAUUUCACGUCUUCGUUGUCAGCUUAGAGAAGCUGAGGAAGAAAGAAGAAAAGCAGCACAAUAUGGUUUAAAGCUGGUAGAGAACGAAAACUUGUUGCAGAAUCGGCUAGAUGAGCUGCAAAAUGAAAUUGUCAGCAUAACAGAGAAUUUUGAACAAGAAAAGUAUACACUCCAGAGAGAAGUGGAACUGAAGAACAGAAUGCUGGGGACUCUGAAUCUUGAAUAUGACACUCUUAAACAGCAGCAAAAUAUUCAAAUAGAUACAUUGCGUGGACAGUUGGAAAGACUACAUGGACAAGAAAUAAAUGAAUUUAAGAAUAAGGUGGAAAAACUGAAAUCAGAACUAGAUGAAGCACUGCUUAGUGAGAAACAGCUGAAGCACAAAGUGGACCAUCUGAAGGAAGUAAUUGCUUCUAAAUCAGAAGAACUACGUGCAAUGUCAGAACGUGUACAUGAAACCAUGUCUUCAGAAGUUCUCAGUCUUCAGCUUGAGCUGCAGGCACUUGAACAGGCAAAGAGAGAUCUUGAGGAUAAGGUACGUGAUCUCCAGUACAGCAAAGAACAGCUAGAACUUGGAAAUAGCAAUCUGACUAAUCGUGUGUCACGUCUUGAAGAAGAGAAAGAAGAGAGAGAGAAAGAUCUUGUGUCCUAUUGCAAUGCAUUAGAGAAAGCUCGGGAGGCAAACAAAGACCUUCAGAUGCAGCUUGACCAUGCACUGCGGCAAACCCUGGAUCCUUCCAGUAAAGGCAAUUCUUUGUUUGCUGAGGUGGAGGACCGUAGAGCAGAAACGGAACACCAACUAAUCAGUAUGAAAGUAAAAUACCAGUUGUUACAAAAGCAAUAUUCUUUCACAAGAGAACAGCUUCAGAGAUUGAAGCUACAGAUGGCCACACUGUUACGGAUGAAAGGUUCACAUGGAGAACAUGAUCAGCUGGAACGUUUGCAAAGCAUGCUUCAGCAAAAGAAUGGAGAAAUAGAAGAACUUCUAAUGAAAGUGAAGCAACUAGAAAAGUCUACGACAGCAUCUGAAAAUUCAAGGGAACUGAAAGUUUCUAACACUUCAGAAUGUGUAGAAUUUGAGGAUGGCUAUUAUACAGAUUUACUUCAGAUGAAACUUGAGAAUUCAGAUAAAGAAAUAGAAAAUUUGAAGAGUGAGUUGUCUUUACAGCGGAUGAAGGCUUUGUUUGAAAGUCAGCGAGUCUUGGAAAUGGAGCGGAAACUUUUUGCAAGUGAAAGACAGCUUGAGGCUUCUCAGAGCGAGACCAUAAAUUUGCGUGUGCUAGUUGAUGAAUUGAAAAUCAAAUACGAGCCUGAAGAGUUAAUGAAAGACUCAGUUAAUCUCAAGAAGGCUCCAGCAGACAGCUUAAACAGCAGAGUGCCCUCAGAAUGUGAAACAUCCUGCUUGCUGUCUCAAAAUAAGGAAGAUGCAAACCAAAGUAAAGCUUCUCUGAAAACUACUCUUCAAGCAUUGUCAAUGAACUUAGUUCCUGCUCCAGCAAUGGAAGAGAAGUAUUCUCAGCCUGGAAGAAAGAGAGUUAAAAUCAAGGAGGAAGAAUUUGAGAGGACAGCUAUAAACAAGAAAGAUGGGAAUGAUUUUGGAGCUCCCCUUGGUACCAGGUCUGACCCUCGAAUAAAGACAGAAGAAAACACUCAUGGCGGAGCUGAAGAGACAAGUAAAUGUGAGAAGAAAGGCAAAAAGAAAACUUACCCUUUAAUACAUAUGUCUUCUAAACAAGGUUCUGAAACUCAAUGUGCUCAACAGUAAUGUAAUAUUUUUCUCCCUCUUUUUCUAUGACUAGAUGCCUUGUAUGUUCAACUGUAGAGCAGUCCAUUUGAAUAGAAACUGUUGCUUCCUUGUUCAGUGCCUUUUUUUAAAAUCCUGAGGCUUCACAGAUAGCAUAUUUGUUAGUGGACUAACUGAGCAAGUAUAACAGUGAAAUGAAAUUCCUCAAAGCUACUAUUUCAGCUGGGGAAGCUGUGCAGCCUGUCUCAGAAAUUAGUAAUUUAAGGGAAAGACAGACAUAUGAGCCAGUUGGCUAGCAAAGCAUAAACACUGUAAUAACUUUUUAAAGUAUUAUACUAGUGUCACACAUUCCACAUUGGAAAGCAUGACACUUGUAUGGCAAGACUAUUGGGAUAAGACAAAAUGUAGAUCAGUGAUUUUUCUUAUUCUUAUCUCAAGGUGUAAGUGUAACUGUGUUGCCAUUCCUUUUAGAUGUAUUAAUAGCGAAGUUGUACAAAUGUUUCAAUUAAAUAAAAUUUUCAUGCUAUUGCACUUCGUUUGUAAUUGCCAUUAUAUAAUAAAAAAUAC